UGUGUGUGUCUUUCUGUACCCUGCCCAGGACAACCCUACCUUCGAUGAAGGACCAUGGACCUGAGGAUGUUCCUAGGGGGUGGUCCGCGUGCUGCAACAGCCGCUUUCCUUCAGAUGUUACUCACAGGGCUGUUCUUUCUAGCAGACUCACGCCCCAGCAGUCAGCAGACUCCAGUGGAAAGCGCGUUAAACUUAACGACCACCGUGGAAACGACUAAACAGGCGUUCUUUGCAACCUUCGUUCCGAGGCAGGUGCCGAUCUCACAGACAGUCUACGACAAACACACGCUGCGUAGGUUCGUCCGUAGGUUCGUUCACAGCGAGUCCGAGCAGCAGCAGGACAGCUCUUGGAGCCUACUCAUGGAUGAAGUUGUCCCUGACAAGGAAGGACCGGUUCCCUGGGAGGAACUCACCGUCAACAUGGAGAACUUCCUUCACGUCGUGAGCUGUCAAAUGGAUGUCGCGUGUAACCUCGGAACCCCCCACACCAUGUGCCAGUGUGAACGGAAUAUGCAGAUCGGGUCCAACUGCAUCCUCCCCAAGGCCCGCAUCACCCACAAGUCUUCCACAGACAGGGGUGUGGUGACGAGUUUUUGCGUGGGCGUGGCGCUGCCUCCUAUGAUGGACGGGCGAAGUAAGUACGACAUGCAGACACGCUGCAAGUUCUGGGGACGAGACGACGUCCAGUACAAGGUCCACGUGACCAAGCGGCUGGUCACGUCCAGCCAAUCGCCUUUCGAGAGGAAGGUCAAGUACACGGCUUGUUUGAAACCGGAGUAAGGCGCUGUUGAUAAUCAUGGAGCGUUGUAGACUCU